UUCAACAACUGCAGCCACCUCGGUUGCUCGCUAGCCAACGAAGUCGGAACGUUCAAGUUCUUUAGACAAUUUCGUGGUUUAAUUGCCACUAGGAUUUAAACAUACUUAUAUGUAAACAACUAGCUACCCCAUUUAAUUUAAUAUUUACGUUGUAAAUCAACUAGCUGGCUGGUUAAGUUAGCACUAGUCUAUUCGCUAAUGCUAACUAGCUAUUAUCCCUGACCAUGAGUUCACUAAACUACUCUCCUCCUGCUGAAGAAGAGGUGGUCUGCUGGACGGAGAAGGAAACUCUCGUGAAAGAGGAGGAGGAAGAGGAGGCUGUUACAAUACAAAAACAAGUAGAGGGUGAGGCUGUUACCGUGAAAGAUGAAGAGGAAGACGUUACAGUGAAAGACGCGUUCAGAGUGAAAGAGGAGGAGGAUGUUACCGUGAAAGAAAAUGAGGAUGAUGCCGUUUUUGGAGUAGAAGAUGAAGUUUUUGGAAUAACGGAUGAAGAGGGGGAGAUUACUGUCACACUUGAGGAGGACGAAGAAGAGCAGACUAGAGAUCUGAUUAACACCAGUAAAUACAGAUUGAGACGGGACUAUCGUGGAUCCUCUGGGGAUCCUCAACAACAUCAUGAUGCUGACGAGGCAGAGAAAAGUCUUUCCAGAUCAGAACUCCUCAAGAAACACCGACAGAGACCUACAGGGAAAAAAACUCACUGCUGCUCUGACUGUGGGAAAAUAUUCAAUUCUUCAGUAGACCUUAAAAUACAUCAAAGAAUUCACACUGGAGAGAAACCUUUUGGCUGUGAUCACUGUGGGAAGAGUUUUAUUCGUCUACAAACCCUGAAAUCACACCAGAGAAUUCACACUGGAGAGAAACCUUAUGGCUGUGAUCAAUGUGGGAAGAGUUUUACUCAGCUAAACAGCCUGAUGGUACACCAGCGGGGACAUUCAGGAGAGAAACCGUAUAGCUGUAAUCGAUGUGGGAAGAGUUUUUCUACAUCUAGCUAUCUAACUAUACACCAGAGAACACAUACAGGAGAGAAACCAUAUAGCUGUAAUCAAUGUGGGAAGAGUUUUAUUCGUCUACAAACCCUGAAAUCACACCAGAGAAUACACACUGGAGAGAAACCUUAUAGCUGUGAUCAAUGUGGAAAGAGUUUUACUCACCUUAACAGCCUCAUAGUACACCAGCGGACACACACAGGAGAGAAGUCUUAUAGCUGUGAUCAAUGUGGAAAGAGAUUUUCUACAUCUAGUUAUUUAAAGAUACACCAAAGAACACACACAGGAGAGAAACCACAUAGCUGUAACCAAUGUGGGAAGAGUUUCACUCAGCUAAACAGCAUGAUAGUUCACCAGCGGACACACACAGGAGAGAAAGUUUUUAAAUGUGAUCAAUGUGGGAAGAGUUUUGGUACAUCUGGAUGUCUGAAGACACACCAGAGAACACACACAGGAGAGAAACCGUAUAACUGUAGUCAAUGUGGGAAGAGUUUUGGUACAUCUGGAUGUCUGACAACACACCAGAGAACACAUACAGGAGAGAAACCGUAUAACUGUAGUCAAUGUGGGAAGAGUUUUACUACAUCUAGCCAGCUGACUUUACACAAGAGAACACACACUGGAGAGAAACCUUAUAGCUGUGAUCAAUGUGGGAAGAGUUUUUCACGGCCAGACAGCCUGAAUAUACACAAGCGGACACACACAGGAGAGAAACCUUAUAGCUGUAGUAAAUGUGGGAAGGGUUUUACUACAUCUUGCCAGCUUACUUUGCACCAGAGAAGACACACAGGACAGACUCCUUAUAGCUGUACUCAAUGAGGGAAGAGUUUUACUUUGCUUAACAGCCUGGUGUCACACCAGAGAACACACACAGGAGAGAAAUCUCUUAGCUGUAAUCAAUGUGGGAAGAGAUAAUCUGAUAAAAGAUCUCUGACUAAACAUCAGAAAAUACAUAAAGGAGUUGUUUCAUG